CUGAGAUGAUAAUAUGCACUUCACGACGCGUAUAUUUUCGACGACUUCUUGCGGCAGGUCAGCAACGUCAUGGACGACAUCCUCGCAUCUUGCACAUUCUCGACUCUCAUCGUCAACGUUGAUGACAUGUGCCAGUUGGAGGCGGCUUCUGCAACUGCAUCGGCCCAAAGACUCCUUCCAUUGUCGGAGGUUUGGACACCGACUGGCGCCGCUGGUUUCACUUGCUGCCGCUGCUACUGACUUCCUCGUCGGCUGAAGCACAAGUCCGAUGGUUGGGAUCUGAGAGAGGAUUUGACCCGAAACGCAAUCCUCUGGCGUCCUGAUAUCGGCUAUGUACUAUCGCAGGCGCCCCGUAAUGGAAAGCAGCCCAGGGCCGGGAUCACGAGUACCUGGUGAGAUUUGGAGCUAGCCAGCAGACGGUGGCGCUUAGUCCGUGGAAUACAAGCAGAAGAUCUCUUGAAACAUCGAGACGUUUCUCCGCGAAUCACGUCACGAUCGUCGUGGAC